UAUUUAGUUAUGGUUUUCUAUACCAAAUCCAUACCAUAAAUUUCAACUCCCAUCGACUACUUCUUUCUUAGUUUGAUCUUCACAUUGUUAGUUUCACUGGUUGAUUAUUGUCAAUUUUAAGUGCUAUUAGGUAUUUUCUUUUGCGUCCAAAUCUUCCAUCUGUCACUUAAUUAUUAGGUUUCUUCUAUAGUCGCCGGUAAGUUUCAUACUAAACACGGAUCAGUUUAUAGGGUUAGUCAAAAAGCUUUAUGAUAUGUACAGAAAUAUUACAUGUAAUUUUUUAUUUAUUUUUAUUACAUGGAAUUUAACAAUACAGAUUACUAAAGAAUAGCUAUUAUAUGGGAAUUGUAAACCAAGUUUGGUUCCUUUACACACAUCAUUUACAAAUUCAAAACGACAGACUUGCAAGCCAGUUAAGUGGCAAGAUAACUAGAGAGUUGUGUUGAUUAAAUUGCAAAUUUGGUUAUUUUGCUAUUUGAUUUGUGCUGCAUCCAUUUUCCAUAGGCAAAAAAUGCCCACCAUUACUAGCAACAAAUAUUGCGAUGUAAAUAUGGAAUUUGCAACGAACAUUCAAAUAUAUGAGAAAACAACUCCACAGUUCGGUAUAUUUGUGUGUUGUACUUUAAAGUUUGACACAUACGAGAGUGACACGAACGUUACCAACAUAUCUUCCUUAAUUACUUAUUUUGGUUCUGGACAAACCAAAUUACAUUUGAUUAGUGAUUAGUCGUUAAUUAGACCCCGGCCACUUUAAUUUCCGUGUUUAUGAAGUAGUUAUUUAAGUCAACAAUAACUCUAAAACUUACUGGAGUAGUAUAUGUGACAACAUAGAUAUUUCGUUUGCAUUUACGUACUCCCAAAUUGUUACCGAGUCAAAGCGACAAAUGCACAUUGCAUUGCGAUUCUCAACUUAAUCCAUUGUCAUAUAUAAUAAAAGAAAAAAACAUAUUAAAAUGAAUCUUUGAAUUAGAUGAUCCUAGUAACAAAUCAGUCCAGUGGGUGCACCAAAUCAACUAAACCCGUUGCGAAUUUUCAUAUCAUUUUCUCCCUCCUGCUGACUUUAAACCUAAUAGUAGGACGAUUUUAGUUUAAAUAUAAUAAAAUUUUGUCAAAAUGCUAACGAAUUCACAUAAAACUCUGUUGUUUCAGCUCUAAUCUUUCCCGCUUAGUGUGUAUAUAUACUACUCCUCUCCUUCCUCUAAACUCACACAACAGAGAGCUUCACAAUACAGCCUUAAUGGAGUCUUCCCAACGGUUCUCCUCUCUAGCCUUCAUCGCACUUCUUGCCUACUUCGCUUUUCUCGCUUCAGCUGAACUUCACGUCCGUGAAUUUGUGAUCCAACCAAAACCAGUGAAGAGGCUGUGCAGAACUCACGAAAGCAUCACCGUGAAUGGCCAGUUCCCUGGUCCAACGCUCGAGGUCAGGAACGGUGACUCUCUCGCAAUCACCGUCAUCAACAAAGCCCGUUACAACAUUAGCAUUCACUAGUAGUUAAAUUGAUCUUAUCAACAAACAUAUGUUCUCUUCUUGCUCUGUUUUUAUACUCUGUUUUUGGGACAGGCAUGGAAUCAGACAGCUGCGUAAUCCGUGGGCUGAUGGUCCAGAGUACAUAACACAAUGUCCUAUCCGUCCAGGACAAAGCUACACUUACAGAUUCACAAUCGAAGACCAAGAAGGUACACUUUGGUGGCACGCUCAUAGCCGCUGGCUAAGAGCCACCGUCUACGGUGCUCUCAUUAUUUACCCUCGUCUCGGCUCUCCUUAUCCAUUCCAUAUGCCCAAACGCGACAUCCCAAUUCUUCUCGGAGAAUGGUGGGAUAGAAACCCAAUGGACGUUCUGAGGCAAGCACAGUUUACAGGAGCAGCAGCUAAUGUCUCUGACGCUUACACAAUCAACGGCCAACCAGGUGAUCUCUACCGCUGUUCUCGCUCCGAGACAGUUCGUUUCCCGAUCUUCCCCGGUGAGGCUGUCCAGCUCCGUGUCAUCAACGCUGGAUUGAACCAAGAGCUCUUCUUCUCAGUCGCCAACCACCAGCUCACAGUGGUUGAAACCGACUCCGCAUAUACAAAACCAUUCACCACAAGUGUCAUCAUGAUCGGUCCGGGCCAAACCACUAACGUCCUUCUCACCGCAAACCAGCGACCUGGCCGAUACUACAUGGCAGCUCGUGCCUACAACAGCGCAAACGCACCAUUUGACAACACAACCACAACCGCUAUCUUGGAGUACGUCAACGCUCCAACUCGACGUGGUCGCGGCUGCGGUCAGAUCGCUCCGGUUUUCCCGGUUCUUCCUGGGUUCAACGACACUGCAACCGCAACCGCGUUCACGAACCGUCUGCGGUACUGGAAACGAGCUCCAGUACCGCUUCAGGUCGACGAGAACCUCUUUUUCACUGUCGGUUUGGGACUAAUCAACUGCUCCAACCCCAACAGUCCGCGUUGCCAGGGUCCUAACGGGACCAGGUUUGCGGCCAGCAUAAACAACCAGUCCUUCGUGCUACCGCGAAGAAACUCUAUCAUGCAAGCUUAUUACCAAGGCAUGCCCGGAAUCUUCACGACCGAUUUCCCGCCCGUUCCACCGGUGCAAUUCGAUUACACCGGUAAUGUUAGCCGUGGGUUAUGGCAGCCCGUGAAGGGAACUAAAGCGUACAAGCUUAAGUACAAAGCUAAUGUUCAGAUUGUGUUACAAGACACGAGCAUUGUCACGCCUGAGAAUCAUCCUAUGCACUUACACGGGUACCAAUUCUACGUUGUCGGGUCUGGUUUUGGUAACUUUAAUCGGAGAACUGACCCGGCUCGGUUUAACCUGUUUGACCCACCGGAGAGGAACACCAUUGGUACGCCUCCAGGUGGUUGGGUUGCAAUCCGGUUCGUUGCUGACAAUCCAGGAGCAUGGUUUAUGCAUUGUCACAUCGAUUCGCAUUUGGGAUGGGGUUUAGCGAUGGUUUUCUUGGUUGAAAACGGACGUGGACAGUUGCAAUCUGUGCAGGCUCCACCGUUGGAUCUUCCAAGAUGCUAAUAAAUUCUUCCACCGUUGGAUAAGGAUUUGUGGUAUUUAGUUUUGUUUUUUAUUUUAUCAAAAGGUUUUUGGGGCCUUUGAAUCUGUGUGUUGUGGUUGAAACUUGUUCAUCUUUUGGUUUCCAUCUACUCUUUCUUAUUAUUUUCCUCGUAAUAUAGUGUCUUGAUAUAUCUGAUUUAAAGAUUAAUUAUCAAUGAAAAGCUUAUGUUGCAAUCUGAUAAUCAUCCUCUUUUACCUUACUUUCCCAAAUCUCAUAUGAAAUUCUUCUCUGUAGAUUGCAUCAAACACACAAUUUUAAGAAGAACAUGAAGGAAAAUAAUAACACAUAUUUCUUAA